GACUCUGCAGGCAGACAAGGAAUAGGGAUGGUCAUUCCAAGUAAUGGGAGUAGCAUGUGUAAAAACUUGUGGAUAUGAAAUAAGAUAAUGUAUUCAAGGAACUGCAUGUCCCUUAGUAUUAUGGGAAUGUACAGUGCUGAAGGAAGGGGACUGAGGAUGAAGCUGGAGGGAUAGGCAAGGACUGGAAGAAUAUAAAGGAAUUGGAGAGAAUGAGGGGUCAGUGAAUACUUGUAAACAGGAGAGUGACAUGAUUAAUACCCCAAAAAAUUGAACCUCAACUUCUUCCAGUUGAUUAUUAUAAAUAAACAAUGUAUCAAAAAGUAAUCAACCAGGGGACUUCGCUGGUGGUCCAGUGGCUGAGACUCCAUACUCCCAACACAGGGGGCCCAGGUUCUAUCCUUGGUCAGGGAACUAGAUCCCUCAUGCCCUGCCUAAGACCCAGUACAAUCAAAUAAAUAAAUACUUUUUAAAAAAAGUGAUCAACCAUAGGAGAUUUAUGUAUAUAUAAAGUUGGCACCAUAGUUGGCAUAUAUUAUUUAUGCCUGCCCAGCAUCCAUUCUUUCUGUCAUUCUUUGUAACAGGAGUUAAAUUUUCCUUUCAGGUAUUAACCCUUCUAAUACCUACCAUCUCCUGCAAGUAUCAGACAAGUUAUUCUACCCUCCUUAGCUGAAAAGGGAUCUAACCAAGACACUUUUUCGAUGUUCAGCAAGAAACGUACGUCCCCUUCACAAAACCACUGUGUUCUCUUAAGAUCCUGGAAGAAUGAUGAAAAUGAUUUGCUGCCAUCUUCUACUUUCUGUCUUGUCCCAAAACUACUUGGAGGCAAUAAAUGUAUCAUUUCUAUGUGCCUGGAUUGGGAAGCAUGUUGAAGGUGGAAGAAAAAUAAAAAGACACAAAGGAGGAAAAGAAAGGCAAUUAACACUUCAAAAUAUUCCAGUAGCUUAAUAAUAAAAAUAAUGGUGUGUAUGCUGUCGCUUCAGUUGUGUCCAACUCUUUGCGACACUAUGGACUGUAGCCCACCAGGCUCUGUCCAUGAGAUUCUCCAAGCAAGAAUACUGGAGUGAGUUGCCAUGCCCUCCUCCAGGGGAUCUUCCAAACCCAGGAUCGAACCCAUGUCUCAUGUCUCCUGCAUUAGCAGAGCCUCGGAGCUUUGCAGUAUGGAGAAGAUGGAGACAAAGAAAAAGGAAAAGGCCCCAAAGGGAGAAAAAGCCAUUAAAGGAAACUGGAGAAAAGAAUGAGAACUUGAAAGAGAAGAAGAAGAGAACCAAUACUCAAAAUAUUUUGAAAGUUUUAAAAAGCAAAAUAUUAGAAUUAGUUAACAACCCUUUUUACAAGUGUUGCUUAUGCUUCCUCUUCUCAUUUUACAUCUGCUUCCUGCCCCCGCUCCCACCACAUCUAUCUCCCCCUCCCCAAGUCUUUUUGAUACCAGACACUUCACAAAAAUAAUACUGGUUUUGUACAUGUUCUUUCAAUAUAUGUAUUUUAUCUAUUGCUCAUCAUUACUUGGGUUCCUCUAAUUAAAUAAGAACUGCUUCUAACUGCUUUAUCAUUACUGGUGACGAAGUUGUCCUUCUUGUGAGGGACUGCCUGAGAGGAUGACCCAGGUAGCAAAUUAGGAUUUGAACCUACCUCUUAAUUCUCUUCUCAGGAUGGAAGCAUCUUGUACUCUGGACCUCAUCAAGUUGUUUUAUAUUCUUGUUCAUAUUUUGGGGUUUUUUUAAAGAUUUUUUUUAACCUGCAUAUCCUUGGUAUUAUUUGAAAACUGUUGUUUGACUUCAGCUUUUUUCUUGGAUAUGAAUAUAGGCAAUAGUAAUAUUUAUGGCACCUUGUACAAAAAUGAGGGCAAAUAAAACAUAAUUCAUUCCUUUUAUUAUAGGUUUGCCAUCUAAGGAGAAACUACCCUGAGAUGAAGGUAGCAUCAUUUUUGGUAGCAAAUAUUAUGUGCUUUGGUAUUUUUUUUUAACUUUACCUGAUGUAAUAAUAAACUUCUUUCAUUUGGUGAGCUUAGGAGGAUAGAAUGAGAGAUAGCCAGUGAUGGCCUUUCUUUGGAAAUUUGUUUUAAUAAUUACCUAGGCUUUGUUGUCUAUGUUGCCCUGUUAACAUUCCUUGAUGCUAGAAGUGAUUUCUGUCAUAAGCUUUAUCCUCAUAACUUUACUUCCCAGAGGCAAAGGACAUGCUCUGUGCCUGACUACAUUAUGAAACACUUGACUUUGUCUGACCCAUCCCUCCACUAGCUGCACCACCCAGGACACUAUGAAAAUUAAGAUGCCACUGACUGGAGGUCAGCAGUAAUCCACUGGUUCAGAUGAACUUAACCAACAUGGAACCCCAAAGUCCAGGCUGUGGAAGGUCAUCUCUGCACUUCCUUGAAAAUGAUGAAGUGGAGUUUGUCCAAACUGGUUAUGGUAAGGAUAUGGUAAAAGUUCUUCAUAUUCAGCGAGAUGGAAAAUAUCAUAGUAUUAAGGAAGUGGCAACUUCAGUGCAACUUACUCUGAGCUCCAAAAGAGAGUACCUGCAUGGAGACAAUUCAGACAUCAUCCCGACAGACACCAUCAAGAACACAGUUCACGUCCUGGCCAAGUUCAAAGGCAUCAAAAGCAUAGAAACUUUUGCUAUGAAUAUCUGUGAGCAUUUCCUUUGUUCUUUUAACCAUGUCAUUCGAGUUCAAGUCUACGUGGAAGAAGUCCCUUGGAAGCGUUUUGAAAAGAAUGGAGUUAAGCAUGUCCAUGCAUUUAUUCAUACUCCCACUGGAACACACUUCUGUGAGGUUGAACAGUUGAGGAGUGGACCUCCAGUCGUUCAUUCUGGAAUCAAAGACCUCAAGGUCUUGAAAACCACGCAGUCUGGAUUUGAAGGAUUCCUCAAGGAUCAGUUCACCACCCUCCCUGAGGUGAAGGACCGGUGCUUUGCCACCCAAGUGUACUGCAAGUGGCGCUACCACCAGGGCAGAGACGUGGACUUUGAGGCCACCUGGGAGGCUGUCAGGGGCAUUGUCCUGGGAAAAUUUGCUGGACCCUGUGACAAAGGCGAGUACUCGCCCUCAGUCCAGAAGACCCUCUAUGACAUCCAGGUGCUCUCUCUGAGCCAGCUUCCUGAGAUAGAAGAUAUGGAAAUCAGUCUGCCAAACAUUCACUACUUUAACAUAGACAUGUCCAAAAUGGGACUGAUCAACAAGGAAGAGGUCUUGUUACCAUUAGACAAUCCAUAUGGCAGAAUUACUGGUACAGUCAAGAGGAAGCUGACUUCAAGGCUGUGACAUUGUGGCCACCAGUGGGAGUCCAUGCUCCAUUGAGGCAUUCCUUAAGCCACUUGUGAUGCUGGAAAUCAUAGUGUAUGGUCGUGCAAAUUUUCAACCUAGUAUGUUGAUUUAUAGUGUUCAUUUUCCUCCUAAAUGAAAGAAUUCUUCUAUACCUAGCUCAGCAAAGUAUUUGGGGGUUAGUAAUUAAAACAUGUGUUGUGGAUACAGUUUAUUUCACAAAUGCUGAGUAGUAUUAGAAUAAUCAUAAAUCAGUAUUUCAUUUUAGUGGUCUUGGGCCUUCCUAUCUUAGAGGAGCUUUAGAAUGCAUUCAAUAGGAAGAUAAUCAUGAAUCAAUGGAGGUGUGAUAACAGUUAAUCUUGUGAACAAAUUUAAGAAGCCAGCAUUGCUUUCAUCCUACUGAUGCUAAAACUUGCUCCUUGGCCAAGCAGAAAAUGUAAUGAUAAAGUAAUAUUUUGAAAAAUAUCACCAUUGUGACUUCAAUUAGACUGAAUAUUUGAGUUCUUAAAUAUGCUCUAGCAUAUGUAUUAUUGGGAGUUUAUUUCUACUCUAAAAGUACUUUUGAAAUUUUAAUGUAUUGGUUUUAUGACUUUUACAGCCCUUAAAGAAUGUUUAGUACACACUGAGGCAUUGUAAAAAAAGUGUGAAUUGUUUUUCUUUGAAUAAUGUAUCACUUUUGCACAGAGUCACAUUUAAUAAAUGGUAAGUCAUUCCCCAGGUGGCUGAAUAUACAUAUAGAAAGAAGACUAAAGACUAUAUGUAUGAAUGUAUCAGCAGUGAUGAUUUCUGGAUGGUGGGAUUAUGAGUGAUUUUUAUGUUUUGUCUUGUGAUUGAAUCUUCUAGAUAUGAACAUUUAUUACUUUUAUAAUCAGAGAAAUAAAUAUAAUUGAUAAUUUAAAGAUACAUGUGUAUUUGAA